CGUUUACCGGGUUUGGAAUUUGGAAUAUUCUUCGCCAUAACAACAAGAACCGCUCACUAGCCCUUCAGAACCUCAAAUGGCUCAAUUCCUUGGUCACCGAUCACCGCCUCCGCCAGAAACUCCCGGCUACGAUAAUCGAUACACCUUCGCUUUUUCACAGCUCAGCUUUUCAGCCCAAGGAUAUUUGUCGUCACAUGUGAGUCCAGCACCAUAUUAUGGAAGCCAACCAGCACAGGGGUAUGAGACCUGGCAAGGUCGGAAUCAUGCGGGAUACAAUUAUCCAAAUGACAAUACUCUGAAAAACGCCCCGUAUAGGGAAACUGCUGCUGGCUAUCAGCCCAUGGGAAACGCGUCGUGGUGAGGGAGGCAAUGCGCACAGCCAAGCCAACUUCGCAUAAAGCAUUGGAUACAAUGGUCAUAACUUCCAGAGAGUUGAACGGCUGUAGAGUUGAGCAGUGUCUGAUUUCAGCCCCUUAUAAAAGACUAGCUGAUAACUCAAAAUCAC